ACGGAGUCGGGAUCUAUUUAUAGGUUGGGAGUACUGUGUCCUUAGUCACAAAGAGACACAGACAGGGGACUGUCAGCUGGUACCGGAGGAGCGGAGCAACGAGUUAUCAGCAACCAAAAGCACCUGAGGGGGUCGCACAUUCCACCCCAGCCCCGUCCUCCACGCCAGCCCCAAGCAUGCUGCUGAAUAGGAUGUCCUCAGACGACAGGCACCUGGGCUCCAGCUGCGGCUCCUUCAUCAAGACUGAGCCGUCCAGCCCAUCCUCGGGCAUCGAUGCCCUCAGCCACCACAGCCCCAGUGGCUCGUCCGACGCCAGCGGUGGCUUUGGCCUGGCCCUGGGCACCCACGCCAACGGUCUGGACUCGCCACCCAUGUUUGCAGGCGCCGGGCUGGGAGGCACCCCGUGCCGCAAGAGCUACGAGGACUGUGCCAGCGGCAUCAUGGAGGACUCGGCCAUCAAGUGCGAGUACAUGCUCAACGCCAUCCCCAAGCGCCUGUGCCUCGUGUGCGGGGAUAUUGCCUCUGGCUACCACUACGGCGUGGCCUCCUGUGAGGCUUGCAAGGCCUUCUUCAAGAGGACCAUCCAAGGGAACAUCGAGUACAGUUGCCCGGCCACCAAUGAGUGUGAGAUCACCAAACGGAGGCGCAAGUCCUGCCAGGCCUGCCGCUUCAUGAAAUGCCUCAAAGUGGGGAUGCUGAAGGAAGGUGUGCGCCUGGAUCGAGUGCGUGGAGGCCGUCAAAAAUACAAGCGACGGCUGGACUCAGAGAGCAGCCCGUACCUGAGCUUACAAAUUUCUCCACCUGCUAAAAAGCCAUUGACCAAGAUUGUCUCAUACCUACUGGUGGCCGAGCCGGACAAGCUCUACGCCAUGCCUCCCCCCGGUAUGCCUGAGGGGGACAUCAAGGCCCUGACCACUCUCUGUGACCUGGCAGACCGAGAGCUUGUGGUCAUCAUUGGCUGGGCCAAGCACAUCCCAGGCUUCUCGAACCUCUCCCUGGGGGACCAGAUGAGCCUGCUGCAGAGUGCCUGGAUGGAGAUCCUCAUCCUGGGCAUCGUGUACCGCUCGCUGCCCUAUGACGACAAGCUGGUGUACGCUGAGGACUACAUCAUGGAUGAGGAGCACUCCCGCCUCGCGGGGCUGCUGGAGCUCUACCGGGCCAUCCUGCAGCUGGUGCGCAGGUACAAGAAGCUCAAGGUGGAAAAGGAGGAGUUUGUGACGCUCAAGGCCCUGGCCCUCGCCAACUCCGAUUCCAUGUACAUCGAGGAUCUGGAGGCCGUCCAGAAGCUGCAGGACCUACUGCACGAGGCGCUGCAGGACUACGAGCUGAGCCAGCGCCACGAGGAGCCCCGGAGGACGGGCAAGCUGCUGCUGACGCUGCCCCUGCUGCGGCAGACGGCUGCCAAGGCCGUGCAGCACUUCUAUAGCGUCAAACUGCAGGGCAAAGUGCCCAUGCACAAACUGUUCCUGGAGAUGCUGGAGGCCAAGGUCUGAUGGCCCUGCACACGGACCAAUACCCACCUACAGAAGGACAAAUGGACAGACCGAGGUGGAGACCUCCACAGCCACCAGCCUCCACCUUCAACUCCUGUAUCAUGGCUCUGAGCUGUCCCAGAGGCAGGGGUUUCUCACCUCCUGGCUGUGUGCAGAC